CCACACUGAUAACAUCUUGGUGGACAAACAAAACACGAAGUAAAGUAGUUUCUAUUUCUUCAUAAAGUGAAUGAAAUAAUUAUUUAACGUACCAAUGAUUGAUGACGAGGCUGUGAACAAUGCCAAGGAAAGGCUGCGUCAGGAGAUUGCCGAUUUAACAGCUCAAUUGAAUGCCAAAAAGCAGAGACUGCGAGAUUUGGAGGCAACAACUGCAGAUGUUGAUGACGACAGUAAUGCACUAAGUCCAAAACAAAUCCAAAGAGCGUUAACCAACGAUGACAUUGCACGCUACAGUCGACAGCUGAUCUUGCCUGGCUUUGGUGUGGCCGGUCAGCUGAAGCUAAAGACCAGCUCAGUGCUAAUUGUUGGCGCUGGUGGCUUGGGAUGUCCAGCGGCACAAUAUUUGGCUGGCGCUGGCUGCGGUCAUGUCGGACUGGUCGACUAUGAUCGCGUCGAUAAGAGCAAUUUGCAUCGACAAACACUGCACACAAUCACACGCAUUGGCAUGGACAAAACGGAAUCUGCCAAGAUUGCAUUGGAAGAGUUGAAUCCACAUUGUCGCAUUUCAUGUCAUACUCGAUUACUAAGUAGAUUCACAGCCAUGCAGAUCAUACGCGACUACGACGUUGUGCUGGACUGCAGUGACAAUGUGGCCACACGUUACUUACUCAAUGAUGCUUGUGUGAUGCUUCGCAAACCACUUGUUUCGGGAAGUGCCCUCAAAUUGGAUGGCCAACUCACCGUCUACAAUUUUGGCGUUACGGGUCCAUGCUAUCGCUGUAUUUAUCCUGUACCGCCGCCACCUGAGGCAGUCACUAAUUGUGGUGAUGGAGGUGUUUUGGGUGCCGUGACCGGGACCAUUGGAUCGCUGCAAGCGCUGGAGGCCAUUAAGAUCAUAGUGGGGCUAGGCGAUGUCUUAGCUGGACGCCUGCUCAUUUUUGAUGGCAGCACAUUGCAGUUUCGUAACAUCCGCAUACGCAGCAAGCGAGAAAAUUGUCAUAUGUGCUCUCCCCAGCCGCUUAUCACGGAACUUAUCGACUAUGAGCAGUUUUGUGGCAUGCAUGCCACCGACAAGGAUAAUCCACUGCAGCUCCUCGAACCGGAGCAGCGUAUUGAUGCUAUGGAUUACAAGGCUCUGCAGCAACAACAGCCAGCACAUUUACUCAUCGAUGUACGUCAGCCGGCGGAGUUUGAAAUCUGCCAACUGCCUUCAGCAGUUAAUGUUCCAUUGGCGCAAAUUCUGGACGACAGUUAUCUGAAGCAGUUGGGCUCACAGUUGGAUAGCAAGGAGUUGCCCAUAGUGGUAUUGUGUAGGCGGGGCAACGAUUCUCAGAUCGCUGUGCAGCACAUGAGAAAUCGGUUCCCAGAUCAUUCCAUACGCGACUUGGAGGGUGGACUUCAUGCGUGGUCCAGUCAAGUUGAUCCCAGUUUUCCUACUUACUAACAAUACAUAUAAUAUAUACAUAUUUCUCUCUUAUUUCUUCUUUAUGACAAUUUUCUACGCAAAUUUAUAGUUCAUUUAUAAUAUUAAGUCGAUUUGGCCAAAGUAGAACUUGGUAAUUGAAAACUAAAUUUCUUUUCAACUAUUGAGAUAUUUUAUAUAAGAAUAUCAUCUCCUUCAAUUUGUAAAUGUUUAUUAAUCAAAUAAAAUGUUUUUUUUUAACGAUUCGUACUCGUUUUGCACAAAAGAUCUUAAAUCCGUAAAGAACUAUGGGCACUACUUUUAUAUAAUUUUUUCGAUGUAAGAAAAAUUCCAUUUUAGAAAUUGCAAAUGUUUUAUAUUGGAUGAUAGAAUGAGUUAUAUACUUUUUUUGGCAUGGUCACAAACUUGCCUUGUGUGAUUUAAAUUAUAUUUCUAGAGGUUUUCAUUAAAAUUUCAUUUAAUUACAAGUAUUCAAUUAAUGCUUUUGCAAUUACGAUUUGAAUAUUUAUAUAUGUAUUUAUAUAGUUAAUGUAUAUAUUUUUAAACACUUGCAGCGAGCGAGUUAUUGGGGCUCCAGAGACAUAGUUUAUUGGGACUCCACUAGUGUUGAAUCGACACCUGCUGUUCAUGUUCAAGUAGUUCUUGUUGUUGUUGUUCUUGUUGCAAUUGUUGAGGAUGCGCGCUGUAAAAAGCUACAUUUGGGAAAGAAAUCAAAUCAAGUUAUGCAUAUAUAUAUUAUAUGGUAGGUAAAUAGAACAGCAAUUAUAUAUAGUGGGGAAAAAAAGAAAUCGAAAUUUCAAAUGUUAUACUUUUCUUGGCGUUA